AGCGGGGUGAUGUCCGCCUCUGGUGGGAAUGAGACGGCUCUGCUCGGAAGUUUCGCCCGAAAGCAGGUGAAGUACGGCAGCACCUGCAAGUAUGUCUCACGCAGCAGCAAGACAAUUAAGCACGUCGUGCAGCCGGGUGACACUCUGCAGGGCAUUGCGCUGCGCUACGGAGUCACGACGGAAGAGCUGAAGCGUGCAAACCGCCUCUGGACGAGUGACAGCUUAUUUCUGCGGACAUGGCUGGCAGUGCCUGUGGCAGAAGCAGGGCCAGCAGUGGGUGGUGCCUCGACCUCUGGUGGUGCCGACACCAAUGGUGGGGACAGUGCGGGCUCUGAGGACUCUCACCUGCAAUCUGACGAAAGCUUCACCGAUUUCCUCGGCCGCAUUGACAAUUCCAUCGCAAAGUCUCGCAGCCAGCUGAGGCAACUUUCACACACAAGGUUUGAUGAUUGCGGUGUUGAGGAGCCCACAGCUGGUGUUGCAGCACGAGACUCAGCACCAGCACCUGUGGUGAUGACCCGGCAGGUGAAGCACUCACUCCAGAGGCACGAGAGAGACCAUGAGGAGAUCUUCCAGCUCUAGCAAUGUUCCCCCUACUCAGCCAAGGACCGUUGUGUGUGUGUGCUCAUGUGUGUGUGAACCCUUCUGUCUAAGAUGGCGAGUGCUACCGCUCCUGUUUCUGUGAAAAAGAGCUGUCAAGCUAGGACAGUUUAUUUUGUCAUUGACACAUUCUGGCAGUAUGGCAGUGGCUGGUCCUUGCCAUUACUUUUGCCAAUUCAACAGCUCCUGCAAUAGACGAGCGCAUUGCAUUUAAUUUGUUUGUCUUAAAGAAAGGUAAUCGCAUUGCCUCACUAGAAGUGGCAGGAAGCGACAAUGGAACAUCGGUCACUGGGAACAUUGGUCUGCUGAAUGCCUGCAUGAAAUUCUAGAAACGCUCCAAUUUGGAACAAAAUUAACUUUCAUGCUGCAGCUUUUGUCAAGGGGAACUAGGGCACUUUGUGCUGGACUGCAACGCGACAUUUCGCUGUCUUGUGGGCCACGUGGUGCACUGGCACUGCGCAAAUCUUUCAGACGAGCUCCUCACCCGAUGGGCUUCUUGAAUCGGGAGUUUUGCACAAUUAUGUGGUGGUUGAACAAGAACACCACUAUGAUCUUGCUGGUAGCAGAUUCAUUUGACAAAUGCUGUACGAUUUGUAACUUACGAGAGACCUAUCUGCUUUUUUGUCACGAGAUACUAGUACCAACAUGAACAUUCUGCUGCACAUUUUUGAAAGUUAUGUUUUUUAAUAAGAUUGUCAUUAUAAAUGGAACUUAGAGUGUUUACCAUGACCUAUCAAGUGCCAUUGCCCUCCACGUCAGUGCAUGGGUGUUCAUUGUUUGCAAGUUGCGAAUGACUCGUGAGAAUUGCAUAUCAUUGGAUUUCUGCUAUACUAAAUUGACAGUUUUGCACUUCAUCAGUCUUCUUCCAAAACAUGUUUGAAAUGCUUUGCACCUAUCCCCUGUGAUGUUUUGUCAUUAUACAUUAUUCAUGAGACUAUGCAGCAUGUCUUGAUGUCUAUGGGGGUUUUCAGUGCUGGACAGCUUUGCAUUCAUACUUCGCAGGCCACCCUUCCAAAUUGCAUCGUUAUUGGCAUGCUUACCAAGGAUAUCUAAAGUUGUAAUUUUAGACAGCAGGUAGGAAUAAGAAAGGAAGCGCAUGUUCUGUGAAAUAUUCAGGUGCAAGUGUGUGAUGUUGAGAAUUGUCGACUUUUUUUCUGUGUGACUGUCUAGUUUCACUUUAACCCUUGGUGCUAACUUGACUGAAUCAACUGUUUCUUUUUUUUAGUUGCAGCAAGCUGCUGGCAAGUCGUGCAAUAAGCUGCUUUUAUUUUAUUAAAUGUUCUCUUCUUUGAGAGAUGCUGCCAUGUAACACGAGCUAUUUGGAUAAAUGACAGUACACAAUCACUUUUGCUCUACUGUACAGAGUUCUUUGUUUGAGCAGUGAGAAAGUGGCCUCUGGAGAUAUUUAUGUUAUACCUAGUUUGCAUAACAUAUUGAGUAGUUGCAAAAUAGUUAUGAGAUGUUUUAAUUACCCUGACCAUCUGUUUUCAAGGCUUUGAAGAAUGUAUGCUUUUGUAUUGACUCCACUGUGUCUUGUGACUGCAGCUUGUGGCUACUUCAUCCAGUCAAACAUUUCCAUAUUGCCUUGUUAAGUGAUGUGCUAUUUUUAGUAAAGAGUGUACACGCUUUAAAAUCUUUCUGUGUAUUCAGCAGCACAUUCGACUACGUUAGCUCAGUGAACUCUUGAUGCUUGUAUGUUUUAUUCAGUGGAACUUGCAUCGCUUGGAAUUAUCUCUGUUUUGCCGUUCUUCUAGUGCUCUAAGGUUAACAUUUUUGUUUUUCUAGUAAGUACACGGAGUAUUAGUUUCAUCUAUUAAGUGCAUGUCGAGGUGCAUAAUGCUAUAUUUUUUAUCCUUCAUGCAGGCUGUUGCUGCAAAGACUACUUUUUUUUUUUUUUCCUGUCUAAGUUGCGACACUUUAGGGGAGCAUUAAGGCAAUGCUCCAAAGGACAUUCAUCACGUUUAUGUUUGAAAUGAAGAGGAUUCAUUAAUGAUUUAACUACCAACUCCGAAGUGUUUAUUAUGCAUGGCAUAUGGUUCACAAUGCAACUAAUUCAUUGCACAGAAAAAGUUUGUGUUAAAGUGUAUAAAGUGUUUGUUGUCAUUGUACAGAAUAGCUCGCUACAAGACUGUAGCAGUGUUGAAUUUUGUUAUUCAUUUCAAAAUACUUUUGCUCGGAUGCUCCUUGUGAUGUUAGGUAGCUGUUAUAAAUAUCAGACACAAAGGACCUUGGGAGUACCUUUGAAUCUGGAGUGCUUAAAGCAAGGAUGCAGGAAUAUACUUAAUAAACCUGCUGUAUUUUGAGCUGCUAGAUAUAUUCUGAUUGUAAAGUUCUUCCUUAAGCUGCGUCUGUAAUUACUGUACUAAGCCUAGUUUGCCUCAUAUUACCUUGCAAAGGUCAACGAUAGCAGUUAGGACCAAUGUCCCGCUGUGCAAUGCCUGCUAAUGCACUUCUGCAAGUGCACUUGAAACUUCCUUGAAUGGAGGAGAGUGUAGGGUAGAAAAGCUCUUAUAAGAACUUCUUUGCUGAAUGUGCACACUUCGGAGAAUUAUCUUAAACUGGUUCGUAUUAGGGCAGUCCUUGGUGAAAGUUGUGCACUUGCACUCGCAGAGUAGCGACACAAUUUUGAGGCUUCGCAAAGAGACAUGUUUUGUUUACUGGGCAUGCAGUGUUGAUGCGCUCCACAUUCUGUUACUAGCAAACAUGUAUAAAAUAUUUUAGUUUGAUUUUAAUUUCAAGCGAGUCAGCCCCACUACAGUGGACAGUAUCAUGACAACCCUACACAGUUUGCUGGGUUGACAAACUUUUCAUCCUGUGCGAUCAAAAUCGCUGUGGAAGUCGCUGGACGACGAAUCACCAAUUGUAGUUUACAUGUAGCAUGUGCCACUGACUGCACACAACAGCUUUUUUGCUAGUUUACUACGGGUUGCUGUCUCCAUGGGACUUAGACCUACGUCAAGCUGUGUUGACAUGUCACUGCGUUCCCACAUCACUGUGAAACCACGUCUUUGAUAUAAAAAAUGGAAGUGGGUUGGGUUUUUGAGGUAGGACUGUUGAAUAUUCGAUGCAUUUCGAAUUCUCAUACAACUAUUUUUUAGGGUUCUCGUCACCAGCAUUAUUAUUAGGAGGAACAAUAUGAAACUUUGUAAAAUUUGUGCCUGUACUCAUUUAAUUAAGAUUAAUGUAAUUAAAUUGCUGCAAUGCAGGAAUUGCAAUAUUAGAAGAAUAAUCUUUCUUGCUAUCAAAAGAACUUUACGAAAAUGUUACUUAACCAUUCGUAAAUGUUGUUCCUUUGGGCUGUUGGCAAAAAUGUACGGUGCUAGCAUUGGUCCGACAAAAGCAUCAGGGAAGUUAGAAUUCGAAGUCAUUUCUUUGUUCAUUGAGCUGUCAAGUCAAUGGUCUCGUGGCUUCGUAGUUUCAAGUAAAACACCUAAAAUUCAUAGUUGUACAGCUACGUGGCACUAUUAGUGUCAUGUUGCAGUUGUUGCAAGUGCAACAUUAUUAUAUACAUGGUUACUGAGCAACAAGACCGUACGUCAGUGUAUUGCGGUGUUACCAAAGGGUUGUUAGUUGUAGGUAAGCUCUUUUGCCAGAGUGUGAUCUUUAGGCAGAAAUGCAAGUGGGAGUUGUGAUUUGGCUUCGUAGGAGCCAAUUGUAUUGCAGCUGUGUUCUCUUGCUUUUUAAAUGUAGGCUUUUUAUUUCGACUGAAAUUGGGUACUCUCACACAGCAAUCACUUGAGAAUAGUGCUGACAAGCAAUAAUUCUUCUUGGUCAUUUUGAAAACACACAUUGACAUAUUUGUGAUAUAUUGCUGAUCAGUGUUAAGGUGGUCUCUUUACAGCUUUUGUGGAAAUGUGCAGCUAUGGGUCAUGCUUGUGGUGCGUUUACUUCAAGGAAUGUGUGGAAGUUUGUUGAUACUUAUCUAGGAGUUCCCUGUUCAUGAUCAUCCUUUAUAUGUUUGUAAUUAUUUUAGUCAAGUUAGGAAAGUGGGAGCUGUAAAUAGGUGAUAGUACAUAAGCAAUCAUCAUUUGUCGGCAGUUAGCCUGGUGAAACUUGUAGGUCAAAAAAAAAAAAAAAACAGUGAUGGAACGAGUGACGACGGGCAAUGCUUUUCGGGACGAAGCACAUCGUUCCUUCGUCACUUGUUCCAUCAGUGUUUUUUUUGUGUGUGUGUGCUUGACAAGUUUCGCCUUGUUAUCACCACCAGCAAGCCCACUCUUACAUUUUUGCAAGUGAGCUUGUUGCCCUGCCAAAGUGUGACUACAUAUCUUAAAGCAAAGAUUAUUAAAGCCUUCCUGUUUGAAAGUGCCAGUGCUAAGAAUGUGUACAUGGGAGCAGUGUUGUUGUGCUGCAGAUUUCCUUAGCACGCAAGGCAGCAGGCUGAAAAGGUUUAUCUUUGCAAGGUAGCAAGUGGAUCAGAACAUUGUUGGUAUCAUAUGUGUGAACGUUUAGUUAUAGUUUAUCUGUUAGAAAGCCUCGAGAAAGCUUUGCCUUGAACAGUGCGAGUUGCUGCUUAAGCAUGUUGUCGUAUGCGUAGAAGACUCUUUAUAAAGGCUGAUGAACAUGCCGAAGUUUAUAUUUUUUGUUGAGUGAUCAAUGCACAAUAAAUCUCGAUGUGGCAGUUAAA